AUGAAGCGGUUGGACGCCGAGGCAGUAACUGCUUCCAUGCUGGAAGUAUUGAACUCCCUAUCUCUACCCGCCCAAAACAUCGUAGCUCAAAGCUACGAUGGGGCAUCAACAUUUGUGGAGGUGGUGUCUGGAGUUCAAACUCGCCGCCGUUCCCCCUCAAACUGCGUCGGGCUUCACAUACACUGCUGCGCGCAUCGGUUGAAUUUAGCUGCCGUCGGCUGCAUCUCCUCGCUGAAGAAGGCUAGCGAGCUCAUAAAACAGCUCAGACUGAUUUACGGAUUCUUCAGCCAGUCAGUCGUCCACGCUAAACUGGGGGAGACUAAGGAGCUGCAUGGGCUCAGUACCUCCGAGCUCAAGAGGCAUUCCGAUACUCGCUGGUGUUGCCAGCAUGCUAGUUGCAAGAAUGCAAGGAUCCUUCCACCCGCAACGAUAGAUACUCUUAACCACUUUGCUGAGAGUGACGACCCAAAAGAUCGGGAACGGCGCGGUGAUUCUUUAGGAAUUCUGGGUAUCAUUGAUACGCUAUGGGUGUUUAACCUCUGCAUGAUAGAGGAGGUGCUCAGGAAAUGCAAGUCGCUGCACCUGUUAUUGCAAUCCCCGGAGCUGGAUCUUAACGCAGCUAUCGUCCUCAUCAAAGCCACCCAAGGUGACGUUUCCGAGGAAUUGGAUGCGAUCGAGCGAGGAGCUGAUACUAGCUCGUGCGAUAAUGUUUGGCAAAGCUUUGAGGCUCUGCGGGAUGACCUGGAUUUGUCCGCUCCCCGUCGUAGACCAGUGGGGCGGGCUCGGCGUGAUGCGGCGGCCGAUGAGGCCGUAGUUUAUGAUACUCCUGAUGACUAUCGCCUGAAGGUCUACGCUCCUACUCUGCACGCGGUGGUCGAGGAGCUCGAUCAGGCAUCGAGGCUCCCUCUCCAAGGUCUCCGAGCUUUCUGA